GGUGAAUAGUGAGUGAGUGAGUGAGUGGUGAGUCAUGAAAAUGCUAAAAAUACUAAUCAAAAAUUUAAAAAAUGAAAUCGAGUUAAUUUAGUUCAAAAUCAAACUUAAUAUCCAGAAACAAAAAUGUUCAGCAGUGAGAGCCAGAGACACUGACUGUACUAGACUACCAGUACUCAGUACUAUUGUUUUCUGCAAUUCCAGCUCAAUAAAAGAGAAACCGAUUUCCACUUUCCUCUUUCUUUGUUUCUUUCUUUUGAUAAUCUAUCUCUACCAAAAAAUCUACUUUCAUUCAUCAAUUAUUCAAAGGAAGAAGCAGCACCUAGGCUACCAGUACUGAGAAAACUCAGAUAGAGAGCGAGUAAGUGAGUGUGAGAGAGAUCCAAUGUCUCGUUGCAGGAAUCGAUCAUUCGGGGGUGUCCCGUUGUUCCUUUUCUUCUUCUUCUUCUUCUUCUUGUGGGAUGUAGGUUUCUCUGCAGACCCUUUUGUAUUCUAUGAGUUCACUGUGUCUUACAUCACUGCUUCUCCACUCGGAAUUAAACAACAGGUGAUUGGAAUUAAUGGGCAAUUUCCUGGACCACUUCUCCAUGCUACCACAAACUGGAAUAUUGUGGUCAAUGUCAAGAAUCACUUGGAUGAACCACUCCUUCUCACCUGGGAUGGAAUACAGCAAAGGAGAAACUCUUGGCAAGAUGGAGUUUCAGGGACAAACUGUCCUAUUCCUGCUGGUUGGAACUGGACUUAUUCUUUUCAAGUUAAGGAUCAGAUUGGAAGCUUCUUCUAUUUCCCUUCCCUAUAUUUCCAAAAAGCUUCAGGUGGUUAUGGAGGAAUCAUUAUAAAUAACAGAGAAGUGAUUCCAGUUCCAUUUGCAUCACCGGAUGGAGAUUUAACCAUCUUUAUCAGCGAUUGGUAUAUCAAAAGUCAUAAGCAACUUAGGGAAGACCUUGAAAACGGGAUCAGCCUUGGAGCCCCAGAUGGUAUCCUCUUUAAUGGAUUAGGUCCGUUUCGCUACAAUGAUUCACUUGUUCCUGCAGGAAUCCCCUUUGAGACGAUACAUGUUGAUCCAGGUAAAACAUAUCGGAUUCGUAUACACAAUGUUGGCAUCUCAACAAGCUUAAAUUUUAGAAUUCAAAACCAUAAUCUACUCCUUGUAGAAACAGAAGGUUCAUAUACAGUUCAACAGAACUAUUCAAACAUGGAUAUCCAUGUGGGUCAGUCUUACUCUUUCCUGGUAGCUAUGGAUCAAAAUGCUAGUACUGAUUAUUACAUGGUAGCGAGUUCCCGUUUUGCCAAUACAACUGCCACGGGUGUUGCUAUCUUGCACUAUUCCAAUUCCCAGGGCCCUGUUUCGGGUCCUCUUCCGGACCCACCUAAUGAUCAGUUUGACAGUCACUUCUCGAUGAAUCAAGCGAGAUCUAUCAGAACGAAUGUCUCUGCUGGUGCUGCUCGUCCUAAUCCACAAGGAUCUUUCAAGUAUGGAGAUAUUACUGUCACAGAUGUAUACGUAUUGCUGAACAGACCCCCAGAGCUUAUAAAUGGGAUCUGGCAUACUACCUUGAACGGCAUUUCAUAUGUUGCACCUCCAACUCCCCUUAAGCUUGCCCAGCAGUUUGAUGUACCCGGAGUUUUCAAGCUUGAUUUCCCAAAUAGAUUCAUGAACAGACCUCCUAGACUUGAUACCUCCGUAAUAAAUGGUACUUACAGAGGUUUCAUGGAAAUAAUUUUCCAAAAUAAUGACACAACUGUGAAGACUUACCACAUGGAUGGAUAUGCUUUCUUUGUUGUCGGUAUGGACUACGGAAUCUGGACAGAUAACAGCAGAGGCACGUAUAACAAGUGGGAUGGAGUUGCUCGUUGUUCUACACAGGUGUUUCCUGGUGCUUGGACAGCAAUUUUGGUUUCUCUUGACAAUGUUGGCAUGUGGAAUCUACGUACUGGAAACCUCGACUCAUGGUAUCUUGGGCAGGAACUGUAUGUGAGUGUGGUGAAUCCAGAGGUCACCACCAAAACAGAGCUUCCUUUGCCCGACAAUACCAUCUAUUGUGGUCUACUCUCAUAUUUACAAAAGGGCCAGCAACAGAGAGUCAGUUUUUCAGCAGCAGGGUCAUUUCUUCCUAAAAGUGGAAGAAAUUUUUUGUUCGGACUUGUAGUAAUGUUAUCAAGUGUUUUAUUUGGAUAGGUUUUACUAGAAAUAUGAUGAGAAAUAGAAAUUGUUGUAUUCGUCUUUCUGCCUAUUGCAUGCGUAUCCCAACAUUGUAUAGCAGAAGUAGUUCAACUAAAGAUCUUCAAAACCAUGGUGGGAUGGGUUGGUUCAGUUAGAGAAGAUCAGAAGAGAGCAACUCAAAUUGCGGAAGCGAAAUUAAAGGCGCCAAAAGCCGGAACAAUAUGAUAUGGUCAUUAAAACAAAAUAGACCUCGCAUUCUGAUCUAACAAAAUAUUAAUCUGCCAACAGUUCAUUGUUCCGGAACACUGACAAAUGUAUGGAAUUAUCCGAUUGACUUUAUAGUAACCUUGUGCAAGGGAUCAAUGUUGAGGAGCUAUCUAAUUUUUUGGAUUUCAGUGCUA